GCUGCCGCCGCCUCCCGGCCCGGCCCGGGCCCGGCCCGGGAGCUCGCCCUCCUCUCCCCGGUGCCCGCUCCAAAUGAGCGAUUCUCCCGCUGGAUCUAACCCAAGGACACCGGACAGCGGCGGCAGGGGCGGGCACUGGGCGGCGGCCCCGGCGGCGGUGACCCUCUUGCCCCCGGCGGACCCCCUGCGGCAGGCCAACCGGCUGCCCAUCAGGGUCCUGAAGAUGCUGAGCGCCCACGCCGGACACCUCCUGCACCCCGAGUACCUGCAGCCGCUCUCCUCCACCCCCGUCAGCCCCAUCGAGCUGGACGCCAAGAAGAGCCCGCUGGCGCUGCUGGCCCAGACCUGCUCGCAGAUCGGCAAGCCGGACCCUCCGCCCUCCUCCAAGCUGGGCCCCGGCGACAAGGACCCGGCCCGCGCCGCCGCCGCCGCCAAUGCCACCUCUAAUGCCAAUGCCACCGCCAAUGCCAGCCAAAACGGCUCCUCGGCCGGCCUGAAGCAGCUGGGCGGGGACUGCCCGUCGGAGGACAAGUCCAGCUUCAAGCCCUACUCCAAGGGCCCCGGCGGCGACCCCCGCAAGGAGGGCGGGCCGGGGGACAAGGCGGGCACCCCGGGGGACAAGGCGGGGUUCCGGGUGCCCUUCCCGGGGCACGGGGCGCCCCCGUCGUCGUCGUCGUCCUCGUCGUCCGCGGCCUCGUCCGCGCCCGCCUCCUCGUCGUCGUCGUCGUCGUCGUCCUCGUCGUCGGGGUCGGGGUCGGGGUCGCCCCCUCCGCCGCCCCCGGACUGCAGGGCCCCGGGCGAGCCGGACAAGCGGGAGGCGGCGUCGGAGCCGCCGGUGCCCGCCUUGGCCGUGGCGGGGGAGCCCGUCUCGGGCCGCAAGUCGGAGCCUCCGCCGGCGCCGUCGCCGCUGGUGGGUCCGGCCCACGUGGCGCCCGUGUCGCCCUACAAGGCCGGCGGGCCCUCGGUGUUCCCCCUGCCGCCGUCGGGCCUCGGCUACCACGGCUCCCUGGUCGGGGCCUACGCCGGCUACCCGUCGCAGUUCGUGCCGGGGCUGGAGCCGGGCAAGCCGGGGCUGGUGGGCGGCCAGCUGGCCGCGGGGCUGGGCAAGCCCCCCAGCUCCAGCCCGCUGACGGGGGCGUCGCCGCCCUCCUUCCUGCAGGGCCUGUGCCGGGACCCCUACUGCCUGGGCGGCUACCACGGGGGCUCGCCCCUGGCCGGCUCGGCCUGCUCCACCUGCAGCGGCCCCGACCCGGGCCCGGGCCCGGGGCUGAAGGCCGGGGGCUACCCGCUGGUUUACCCGGCCCCUCCGAUGCCCCCCCAAGCCGGGCUGGCCUCCUCGACGGGCGCCGCCGCCGCCGCCUCGGCCCUGCCCGGGCCCCCGGGGCUCUACGGCUACGGCUUCGUGCUGCACAACGAGCCGCUGCCGCACAGCUGCAACUGGGUGGCGGCCGGCGGGCCCUGCGACAAGCGCUUCGCCACCUCGGAGGAGCUGCUCAGCCACCUACGGACCCACACGGCCCUGCCCGGCGCCGACAAGCUGCUGGCCGCCUACCCGGGCGCCGUCGGGCUGGGCACCGCCGCAGCCGCAGCCGCAGCCGCCGCGGCCGCCGCCUCGUGCCACCUGCACCUGCCCCCGCCCGGCAGCCCCGGUGCCCUCUCCUUGCGGAGUCCACACACUUUGGGCCUGGGCCGCUACCACCCCUACGGCAAGACCCACCUCCCCGCGGCCGGGGGGCUGGCCGUGCCCUCCCUCCCCACAGCCGGACCCUACUACUCGCCAUACGCGCUCUACGGACAGAGACUCGCCUCGGCCUCGGCCCUCGGAUACCAGUAACUACCCCCCCUUCCUCCUCCUCCUCCUCCCCAUCCCCUUCCUCCACCCAUCCUCACCCUCCUGGACUGUGUAUUUAUUUACUGUAACGGUAGCUUAUAAA